GUCGUGCAAGUGAAAACUGCCGGUGGGUUUUAUUUACUUUAAAUAAAGGUUUUCCCGUUGAGGAAGGGCACCACGGCCCAACUUUUCCGGUCACCAUGGCCCAAACCAAGGGCACCACCAGUUUCGUCUCUCCUCACGUGUCCAGACCACCAUUGGACUCGCCUCGAGUUUGAGAGCAGAGCCCAGUAUUCCAAUCGAACGUCAAAGCAUGCACGGCGGCGAGCGGUGAAGAGUUCUGCAGAAACUUCUGAGAUUUCUGCAACUGGGCUCGGCUCGAAGGCUCGGUUCACCGGCUUGAUGACAGGAAAGCCCAGUAUUCCUAUCUAACGUCAAAGCAUGCACGCCGAGCGGUGAAGAAUUCCGACGAAUUCUGCAGAAACUGGUGAGUUUUUUACAACUGGGCUCGACUCGACGACCCGGUUGACCGGCUUGUUGAGGCAUAGGAUUCCAGCACUGAGGUAGUAGCUCCGAGUCCUCCCCUCGAUGUACCAACUUUUUCUUUGUAAUUGAACUUUUAAAUAAUAUUUCUUCAUCUUGUAUUCUUAUUAGUAUGAUUCUUAUUUUUUUAAUAUUUUAAAAAUAUAUUUUAUUUAUGAUUACUUUAUUGGUGCAAAUUUGCAUCCAUGUUUACAAGUUUUUAGUUCUUAUCAUAUUAGUUGGUAAUAUCUACCGUAUUAAGUAGUACUACAUGAAUAGAGAUGGAUCAGGAAAUUCAAGAGCUUUUAUCGAGGCGUGCGUCGGUGUUGAGGCCUUCCCAUAUUGAUAGAGAGAUGGAUCCAGAAAUUCACGAGCUAUUAUCGAGGCGUGCGUCGGCGUUGAGACCUUCCCCUACUGAUAGAGAGAUGGAUCCGGAAAUUCACAAGCUUUUACCGAGGCGUGCGUCGGCGUUGAGACCUUCCCAUAUUGAUAGAGAGAUGAAUCCGGAAAGUCAUGAGCUUUUAUCGAGGCGUGCGUCGGCGUUGAAGCCUUUCCAUAUUGAUAGAGAGAUGGAUCCGAAAAUUCACGAGCUUUUAUCGAGGCGUGCGUCGACGUUGAGGCCUUCCCAUAUUGAUAGAGAGAUGGAUCCGGAAAUUCACAAGCUUUUACCGAGGCGUGCGUCGGCGUUGAGGCCUUCCCAUAUUGAUAGAGAGAUGAAUCCGGAAAGUCACGAGCUUUUAUUGAGGCAUGCAUCGGCGUUGAAGCCUUCCCAUAUUGAUAGAGAGAUGGAUUCAGAAAGUCACGAGCUUUUAUCGAGGCGUGCGUCGGCGUUGAGGCCUUCCCAUAUUGAUAGAGAGAUGGAUUCAGAAAGUCACGAGCUUUUAUCGAGGCGUGCGUCGGCGUUGAGGCCUUCCCAUAUUGAUAGAGAGAUGGAUCCGGAAAUUCACAAGCUUUUACCGAGGCGUGCGUCGGCGUUGAGGCCUUCCCAUAUUGAUAGAGAGAUGAAUCCGGAAAGUCACGAGCUUUUAUCGAGGCGUGCGUCGGCUUUGAAGCCUUCCCAUAUUGAUAACUCCGAGUCCUCCCCUAUGUAUAGAGAGAUGGAUUCAGAAAGUCACGAGCUUUUAUCGAGGCGUGCGUCGGCGUUGAGGCCUUCCCAUAUUGAUAGAGAGAUGGAUCCGGAAACUCACGAGCUUUUAUCGAGGCGUGCAUCGGCGUUGAGGCCUUCCCAUAUUGAUAGAGAGAUGGAUUCGGAAAUUCACGAGCUUUUAUCGAGGCGUGCAUCAGCGUUGAUGCCUUCUCAUAUUGAUAAAGUGAUGGAUCCGGAAAUUCACAAGAUUUUAUCGAGGCGUGCGUUGAGGCCUUCCCAUAUUGAUAGAGUUCACGAGCUUUUAUCGAGAGAGGCGUUGAAGAGCUCCCGUAUUGAUAAAGAGAUGGAUCCGAAAAUUCAUUUCUCUCACCGGCAUUCAUUGACUUUGAAGGAAGAGAAGAAGAAUGAUGGUCCACUGGAGUUCUGUAACGGGUGCCUGGAACCAGUGAUUGGGCCUCACUAUGCUUGCGACACGUGUAAUAUGGAGUGGUAUCGUGGCUUCCGUUGGAUUAUACAUAAGCAAUGUGCAGAGUUACCCCGUGAGAUCCCCCACCCGAUCCACCCCAAUCACCCUCUUAUUCUCACCGACAAAGAAUUCCACCGCGGCAUCCAAUGUGGUGUGUGUAGCCAAUUAUUUCCAAGAGAAGUCUGUCUAGCAUACUAUUGUUCCGGAUGCAACUUCUGGAUAGACAUCAAAUGUGCUUCCCAGUGGCAAAACCAAAACGACGGUCAUAAGCACAACUUCACCACCCUUACGGGCCCCAUUAAAUUCACCUGCGAUUUCUGUGGCCAAGGGGAUGACGAUCUUCAAUACAACUACAUCUGUAAAAUCUGCCAGCUCAUUGUCCAUCGCAAAUGCUCUUGGUUACCACUCCCAGUCAAAAUACCAUGGCACCAACACCAACUCAAACUUACCUGGUGGUUCCAAGACAAGUACCCCAAUUACCAAGAUUUCUGUGACAUCUGCGAAGAAAAUGUGGACGGAAUCCGUGCUUUGUAUUGUUGUCAUGAUCAUGAAUGUCGUGGCUAUGCUGCCCACAGUAAAUGCAUAAGAAUUUCGGUGCUCAUCCCCGUCGAUGAUAAUGAUGAACCAUCCACAUCCAAAUGUCCCUCAGCCAUUGAGACCACCGCUGAUGAUAAAGCCCUGCAGAUCGAGCACUUCAGUCAUCCACACAUGUUAACCCUCAUCGAUGGCCAAGAGGUGGCUAGACAAGACGACCAAGAUGAAGGAAUUACUUGUAACGGUUGCACGCUACCCAUCAUGAGGGGUGAGUCUUAUAGGUCAUGCGCACAACAGGCAAUAGAAAAGCCAUGUAAUUUCUCUCUCCACAUAAAUUGUGCUAAACUACCCCAAAAGACGCUUCUCCCACUUCACGAACACGAGCUCACACUCCUUCCAACAGCAUCUUCUGUCGGGGGCGUGUUUAUGUGUGACAUGUGCGCGUCCUUGAGCCAAGGUUUCUCAUACCAUUGUCAAGGGUGCGACUACUACCUCGACAUUUAUUGUAGUCUUCUUUAUGAGCGUAGGACUCUCCGUUGUGAUGCUCAUGAUCACACCCUCCGGUUCAGCACAAAGCUCGUGUCCUGCAACAGUUGUCGUACUCGUAAAAAGAAUUUCUGCUUCAGAUGUGGCAGUGAGAGAUGCAACUUCCAACUAUGUAUUUCGUGUGUUAAAUUACCUCUUACGGUCAGGUACAAAUACGACGAUCAUCCUCUCAAACUCACUUAUACUAGUGCAAAAAAUGACCUCGAUGAGUACUAUUGUGACAAAUGCGAAGGAAUACGAGAUCGAAAACAUUGGUUCUACUCCUGCCCGGAUUGUGACUUUGAAUGUCAUCCUCAUUGCAUUCGAGGGAGGUAUCCGCAAGUCAAGUUAGGGGGCUCUUACAAGCAUGAUGAUCACCAGCACAACGUCGCCCUCGUUGAUAAGAGAAAAAGCGAGAUUCCUAAUGAUAAGAGAGAGCACUUACUUCCUUGUUCCAAGUGUUCUGAGAUUUGCCAAGGAUUGGUAUGUGAAUGUUUGAAGUGUGGUAUUAAUAUACACCGAGAGCACAAGGAGUUCGCUCAUAAUGAACUGGGAGGGAGAGGUAAUAAGAACAGGAAAAGCCGUCGUGAUUUGUUGAAGGAUAGUUCUGAGUAGCAACUCUUCAACAAAGAGUGUUUCGUUCUCAAAUACUUUUUGUCUUGUAUUACGAAUUGGUUCAAUUUGUUUGUGUUACUGUAAGUAUGUAAAUUUAUCACCCAAAUUAUUUGAUGUUGAUCUGCAAACUCAUCAAUGCAAAGAAAUCUGUAUUGAACAACUUUUCUUGUUUUCGAACUAUGGCAUCCAACUUGGUACAAGAGAAAGAUGCGUGCAAGUGUGCUCCU